GUUGGUUCUUACUUGAAAUCUCCAAAAUACCCUAUUUGGAUUGUUGGCAGUGAAACUCACCUCACCGUAUUUUUUGCCAAGGAUAUGGCUUUAGUUGCCCCCGAGGCUCCUUCAGAACAAGCCAGGAGAGUUUUUCAAACCUAUGAUCCAGAAGAUAAUGGGUUCAUACCUGAUUCACUUUUAGAAGAUGUGAUGAAAGCAUUGGACCUUGUUUCAGAUCCUGAAUAUUUAAACCUCAUGAAGAAUAAAUUGGAUCCAGAAGGAUUAGGAAUCAUAUUAUUGGGUCCAUUUCUUCAAGAGUUUUUUCCUGAUCAGGGCUCCAGUGGUCCAGAGUCUUUUACUGUCUACCACUACAAUGGAUUGAAGCAAUCAAAUUAUAAUGAAAAGGUAAUGUACGUAGAAGGGACUGCAGUUGUUAUGGGUUUUGAAGAUCCUAUGCUCCAGACAGAUGACACUCCUAUUAAGCGCUGUCUCCAAACCAAAUGGCCGUACAUCGAGUUACUCUGGACCACAGAUCGCUCUCCUUCUUUAAACUGAUUUGCCUAAGUAUUUUCCUAAUAGCAGAUGUUGAAAGAGGGACUCAAAACUGGCAAUUGGCUAAAUUAAGCUGUACACCUGUAGCAUUGAUUAAUUGUAAAUAACAAUUAAAAAUGCUUUUUCAGUAUUUAAAAAAUGUUUAAAUUAUUUGUUUUAAAGCUUUAUGUUAAAGGUUAUCCUAUCUUGACCCUUUAUGUGAAAUUUACUAGCAAAAUUAAACUUCAAUCAAAGUUCAUUGCUUUUGCAGUCAGAUAACUUUUCAUUUAUUUAACAAAUUACAAAGAUGAUAAUACUAUAGCAUUUGUAUAUUGAAUAUCAAAAUUACUAUUUAUAAAUUUCUAUUUCUAGGUUUUAUUUCAUUCAGGCACAUUUUUUUGCUUAAAUGAUUCUGACUUGCAGUAUAUCAUCUUCAACACUGAAAUGCACAGGAGUUCAUGUUUGCUAUUUAUUUUCUAAAAUAUGUUUUCCAUUAGGAAUACUGAUAAAUAACAAAUUGUCAGCCCAGUUCCUUUUGCAAUUGGCUUAGCUCUGGCAUGUUUACAAGAAGUAGAAACUGGAGGGGAACAUUAGCUUUUAUUUACAAUAUGUAAGGGAUCUCUUUUAAAAAUUGAUAGGAAAGAGAAUCUGUUUGAUAGUCUUAACACUGUUAACUUCCACUGUAUUGCCAAAUAUACUUUUCCAGAUUUGUUCCAACAGCCCUAUAAGCCAGCUUCCUUGUAUAUUUAUAAAUGUGAUAAAUGCAUGAGAACAUCUGUUAUUACAUUAGUAUAUUGCAUUAUUUAUUAUGAUUCUAAUUGAUGGCCUGAAUAAACACCUUUUUUUCUUU